GCGGGCUGAAUUGCGGCUUUACCCGACCCAUUCACAAUCCACAGCUAGCAGAUAGCAGAGGGUUUAUGCUUAAACCCCAGACUUCACUCAGAAAAUUUGCAGAGCAGAACUAUUCAUUACCACCAAACUUAUGAACAACAACAACAACCAAAUCUAAGCCAAAAUGCUACUGUAUCGCUCUGCUUCAGUGCUCCAUUUCUACAAAUUCUCAUCAUCGUCGCCUAAACUCCUGCUAAUCUCGCAUUUCAACCACUCCUAUUCACAUCUCUCUAAUUCUCCUCUAUCUUCUUCACUCAAAAUCCGCUUCUUUUGUCUCAGUCAAUCAUUUGGAAAAAAUAAUCGGCGGUUUUCCACUUCCGCAGCCGCUGUUCUCGCCGAUAAAAGCGGAACAGAUACUUUCUUCGCCAACGACGACGUUUCAUGGUCUUCUCUGGGUUUAUCUGAUAGGCUUUGUCGAGCUAUUUCUAAUUCUGGUCUUGAAAGACCUUCUCUAGUUCAGGCUGCCUCUAUACCAUCAAUACUAUCAGGAAAGGAUGUGGUAGUUGCUGCGGAAACUGGUAGUGGUAAAACGCAUACAUACCUAGUGUCUUUAAUUGAUAAGUUGAGCAAUCCGAAGGAUGAUUCUGAAGAUUUAGAUUCCCAUGAAGGGUUGAAACUUUCUCUAGUUCUUUGCCCUAAUGUAUUGUUGUGUGAGCAAGUAGUUCGAAUGGCUAGUGGCCUUUGCGAUGAUAAUGGUCAACCGCUUCUCAAUGUCACUGCUCUUGGUGGUCGACAGGGAUGGCCAGUUAAGAGACCGGAUAUCAUUGUGUCGACGCCAGCUGCUCUUCUUAAUAAUAUUGAUACAAGAAAACAGCGGAGGUUGAAUUUUAUGCGUCUGGUGAAAUAUGUGGUGUUCGAUGAGGCGGAUAUGCUUCUCUGCGGGAGCUUCCAGAAUCAGGUUCUCCGUAUUAUUAAUAUGCUCCGUUUUGAGGAAAAGCAAUUGUCUAAAGGAACUGAUUUUGCACCCAAGAAUAUUGCAGAAUUAGAUUCUGAUUCUCUGGGGGAGGUUGGCUUGGAAGAUGAAGAGGAGCUCCAAAAUGAAUCUCUCUCAGAAGAGGACGAAGCAUAUGAAGGUGAUAUUGAAAUUGGGGACUCAAAAGAGGAAGCUGAAGGUGGGUCUAUUAAGAAACAAGACUGGAGGAGAGUAAGAAAAGAUUAUGUACGCAGUAAGCAGUAUAUAUUUGUCGCAGCCACCCUUCCUAUUAAUGGGAAAAAAACUGCUGGAGCAGUGUUGAAACGGAUGUUUCCAGAUGCCAACUGGAUUAGUGGAAACUACCUUCAUUGUCACAACCCUAGAUUGCAACAGAAGUGGAUUGAAGUAACAGUUGAUACCCAGGUGGAUGCGCUCAUAGAUGCUGUGAAACAAGGAUCUGGAUCUGGUCUUGGUGUUGGUGUAAGUAGAACUAUGGUUUUUGCAAACACUGUUGAUGCAGUUGAAGCAGUAGUGAAAAUAUUGGAGAGAGCUGGGAUUGAAUGCUACCGUUAUCAUAAAGACACUUCUUUGGAAGAACGUGCAGAAACAUUAGUUGAUUUCCGAGAGAAAGGUGGAAUUUUUGUGUGCACUGAUGCUGCUGCACGGGGAGUUGAUGUUCCAAAUGUCUCGCAUGUUAUCCAGGCAGACUUUGCCACCUCUGCUGUAGAUUUCUUGCACAGAGUUGGCCGUACAGCUCGAGCUGGUCAAUAUGGACUUGUUACUAGCCUGUAUACUGAUUCCAAUCGAGAUCUUGUUCAUGCAAUUCGUCAAGCAAAGAAACUGGGUCAGCCUGUGGAGACGGCUUUUAGCAGAAAAAGAAGCUUCAGAAAUAAACUUAAGAAAAGAGGUUUAAGCAAAGUGAGAGAUGCGCCAAUUAAUGAAAUGGCAAGGAUCUAGAUAUAACUUGGUAUGUAAAGAAGCUUAUAUUUAUCGGCCUACUUAAUAUUUAAUUUUGAUUUUCACAACGUACAUGUAAAUUUGUUGUAGUAGCUUAUUAAGUGACAUUUAGUCAUUGACAAUGUAACUCUCUUUUAUCUGGUUUCAUAUAAUGUCUGAGCAUUUCCCAAUCA